AUCUCCUUUGAAUACCGCCCAGAUACAGACACACAAGACAAUGCCUGCCGAGAAGAUCACGACCAUCUCGCCCGCCACCAACAAGUCGGUGGUGGAGCGGACAGGUCCCACCGAUGAAGAAUUUGCCCAACUCCCGAAGACGGCUCAGCAGGCAUAUCUCAAGUACCGCAAGACUCCUCUGGCGGAGCGACAGAAGAUUGUCAAGAAAGCACUGCAGCUCCUCAACGACAAGCAAGAUGUGCUGGCCAAGGAGCUCACCGAGCAGAUGGGACGACCAAUCGCAUACACGGCAAAGGAAGUCACAACAGCAGUGGCGAGAGGCGAGUACUUGCUGAAGAUCAGCGAGGAGGCUCUGGCAGAUACGCCAGGUGAGGCAGAGAAGGGCUUCAAGCGGUAUAUCAGGAAGACGCCUGUUGGUCCUACGCUGGUGCUCUUUGCGUGGAAUUACCCAUACCUCAUCCUCGCCAACUCUCUCAUCCCAGCCCUCCUUGCCGGCAACAGCGUCAUCCUCAAACCAUCUCCUCAAACACCCACGAUCGUCGAGCAGGUCCGCGACAUCUUCAUCGAAGCCGGUCUAGACAAGGACGUCAUCCAAUACUUCCACUGCGGCGACUUCUCCAAGAUCCCUGCCCUCAUCCAAGCCCCAGAGAUUCAACUCGUCUGCUUCACCGGUUCCGUCGAAGGCGGUCUUGCCGUCCAACAAGCCGCCGCGAACCGCGUCGACUGCCGUGUCGGGCUCGAGCUCGGAGGAAAAGACCCAGCCUACGUUCGCCCCGACGUCGACCUCGCCUGGGCCGCGGACGAAAUCGUCGAUGGAUCCAUCUUCAACUCAGGCCAAUCCUGCUGUAGUCUGGAGCGAGUCUACGUGCACGCCGACGUCCAUGAUGCGUUCGUCGCCGAAGUGCAGAAAGUCCUCGCGAAAUACAAGCUCGGCGAUCCAUUCGAUCCAUCCACUCAAAUCGGACCCGUGAUCAGCAAAGCCGCAGCCCAACGCAUCAAGAAGCACAUCGACUCCGCCGUCUCCUCCGGCGCCACGAACGCCACUCCCGAAAAUGCUUCCUUCUCCAACCCACCAUCAGGAGGGAACUACAUCGCCCCAACCCUCCUCACCAACGUUACACAAUCCAUGCUCGUGAUGCGGGAGGAGACUUUCGGCCCAGUCAUCCCCAUCGUCAAGGUCUCCUCCGACGAAGAAGCAGUCAAGCUCAUGUCGGACAACGAAUUCGGCCUCACCGCUUCAAUCUGGUCAAAGGAUGUGGAGCGCGCGCACGAGCUGGCGCAAGAUGUGGAGGCGGGAACGGUGUUCGUCAAUCGAUGUGACUAUCCGGCGCCGGACUUGGCGUGGAUUGGGUGGAAGAAUAGUGGCAAGGGACAGACGCUGUCGAAGUUUGGGUUCGAUCAGUUUGUGAAGCUGAAGAGCUUUCAUUUGAAGGAUUAUCCGAAUUGA